AUGCCGUCCGCCUUCCAGCGAUAUCUGCCCUUUGCGGCCUCGACGACUCCCACGCAGGCCGCAACAUACCUGCUCGGCAUCUCGCUCUUCUCCAUCUCCUUCCUCGUCUUCCUCAACAGCUCCGUUUCCUUUGUCAUUACCGACCUGAUAGGGCAGAAGAAGAACGUGGGCGACGUCGUCGGCACGCUGGGCUUCGCAGACGAGAUUGUCGCCCUCGUCGCCUGUCCGGCCUGGGGCCUCGUGUCGGAUCGACUGGGCGUGCGAUGGGUUGCCGCGAUUGGGUACCUGAUUGUCGGGAUGUCGCUGGUGGUGUUUGUGCAGGCUCGGAAUGUGUAUCCGCAGCUUCUGCUGGCCAGGAUCCUCUUUGCGCUGGGGGCAUCUGCUACGGCCACAAUGGUGACCGCCAUCCUUCCUUCACUGACGGACGAAGACGAGGAGCUGCGCAACAGCGCUCUGGAAAGGGCCAGAGCCGCCCGCGACAGCCGCUCGAACGCGCGCUUGAGCGCCGCUUAUUCCGUCGAGUCCGAAGCUACCAUCACGCCCGAGAUGUACUCGCGAUCGCUCUCCAGUGAGGGGCGGCCCGUCUCAGCAAGCGUGGAUCCUCAGGGACGGUCGGGCAAAUCGUCCGUGCUGGCGGGCUAUGUCGGCCUCUUCACCGGGUGCGGCGCGUUGCUGGCGCUGUCGUGCUUUCUGCCCUUGCCCGCCAAGUUCGGCGAAAUUGACAAUGUCACACCUGGAGAGGCCGUGUCAUACAGCUACUACGUUGUCGGCGCUGUCGCACUGCUUGUUGCCGUGUUUGUCUUCUUCGGCCUGCGCAAUAUCCAAGGAGAAGAGGGCAAAGGAUGGAGGCUGCUCCUCGGAUUCAAGGGCCCAUCCAGCGAUGGAUAUGCCUACUCUGGAAGAACACAAAACAAGGUGAUUCCGUAUCUUCACCUCAUGAUGGACUCGAUACUCCUUGGCUUUACCGACUCCCGGAUCGCCUUGGGCUACCUCGGCGGCUUCGUCGCCAGAGCAUCCACCGUUGCCAUCUCACUCUUCGUCCCCCUCUACAUCAACACCUUCUUCAUCGGCAACGGCUUCUGCCAGGGCUCGCCCAACGACCCCUCGCCGGAGCUCAAGAAGGAAUGCCGCCAGGCAUACGUCCUGUCCUCCAUCCUGACAGGCGUGGCGCAGCUCAUGGGCCUGCUCUGCGCCCCCGUGUUCGGCUACCUGUCGCGCCACCCGGGCAGGGUCAACUACCCCGUCGUCGCCGCCACCGUCUUCGGCAUCGUGGGCUACGCCAUCUUCCCGCGGCUCCCGAGCCCCGAAAUUGGCGACGUCGACGGCAGGGGCGGCAGCCCCGCCGUCUUCCUCGUCGUGACCCUCCUCGGCAUCAGCCAGAUCGGCUCCAUCGUGUGCAGCCUGGGCUCCCUGGGCAAGGGCAUCCUCGCCGUCGAGAUCCCGCGCAACGCCCGCCGACAGCACUUCCUCGCCCCCGACGAGGACGAGUCGGGCGAGUCGGAGCCCCUCAUCCGCAUCGCCACCGAGGAGGAGUUCGUGUCGCGGCUGAGGCUCAAGGGCUCCAUCGCCGGCGUCUACUCGCUGUGCGGCGGCGCGGCCAUCCUGCUGCUGACGAAGCUGGGGGGGCUGUUGUUCGACAAGGUCUCGACGGGGACGCCCUUUUACAUGAUGGCUGGAUUUAAUGCUGUUUUGCUAUUGGCGACGCUGUUUGUUGAUGCCUCGCAGACGUUUUCAUCUAGGCGUUGA